AUGGACAGCGACAGGGAUUGCGUCCUGAAAGACUCUCCCAAUAAAGCGCCCCCUUUGAGUCAGCGACAGCGGGACGGGGGCGAGGCCCAAGGUCCGGGUCACGUGGGACCGGCCGGGCCGGGCCCUCCGCUGCGCCGCGGGGCGAUCUGGCCCGGGGGCGGGGCUCUGACCCGGAGGUCCAGCCGCUCGGCGCCCCGCACUCGCGCUCGGCCUCCGAGCCCCCCGGCGAAGCGUCUUCCGGGGAUGUUGAUUGCGCUGGCGGGGCCGGGGGCGGGCGGGCCCGGGCCCAAGUUCGCGCCUCCCUCCCCGCAGCCCCCGGCCGGCGGAAGCGAUUAUUCCCACCGGCGUCUGGCGGGGCCGGGGCUGCUGGAGCUCGUCUUCCGCCGCACCAUGUACCCCGACAUCCACCUGCGCGAGCGUCUGGCGGCGCUCACCCUGCUCCCCGAGUCCAGGAUCCAGGUGUGGUUCCAGAACAGGCGUGCCAAGUCGCGGCGCCAGAGUGGGAAAUCCUGCCAACCUUCAGCUAGGCCAGAGAUCUUCCUCAACCACUCUACUCCUGGCACUGAAGCGAAAUGUUUGAAGCCCCAGCUGCCUCUUGAGGUCGAUGUGAACUGCCUGCCGGAUCCAAACAGGGUUGGAGGGGGCACCUCUGACUCUAGCUCCCAAAGUCAGAGUUUUGAAACCUAUUCCCCUCUCUCUGAAAACAUUGGUUCAAAGCUGGACUCAUGGGAGGAACACAUCUUUUCUGCCUUUGGUAACUUUUGAGGAUUCUGGGAGAAUUCAGGAUAAGCUCAGGAGCUGUGACUGACAGUGUGGAGGACACAUCAGAAUACUGCCCUUCCUGAUGUCUGUGUUAAGGACAUGUCUUUGUUAACCUUGAUGAUGGUUUUGACAGUCACCUCUUAUGUUUGAAGGUCCCCCUCCCUUUUUCAAUGAAUCUUUUACCACCCCUUACCCCUGGCAGGAGUUCUGGUAUUUUUACUUGUGUCUCCAAGUCUGCAUAUUUAAUUUGGUCCAUAUCCCUGCGCUUUCUUGCCAGGCCUGUCUUAUUUUGUGGCCUGAGUGUUCAGAAUUCAUUAUCUUCUUCCAAAGUACCCCCAGCUUGACUCAAUUUCCCCAUGUGCUUGACAGCUACCAUCUUCUCAUGGUCCCUCCAGGGUUAUAACCUUAAACAUGGUCUUCAACCCUCAUCCUAUCACGAAGAUUUAUUACUUUAAAAAAUUGUCCUGUCAUCUUUACAUUCAAUCACAGUUCCAGUGACUCCAGAUC